AUGAACAAGAAAGAAGCUGAACUUCUUACUUUAGAAUUGAAAGGAGUUCAGCCUCCUUCAAGGAAAUCCAGAUCUUUGAAGCGCCUCAGAAGACGAGCUGCAGCAGACACAGAGAUGGUUAAGGUUAAUGGUGGUUCAUCUGAGGAGGGUAACUUAAGUAUCAAAAUAUUGGUACCUGAAGGAUACCAUUUCUCAAAGGAAGCAACCAGUAAAUUCAGUGUUGAAGUUGAGCCAGAAAAUGCAGCACUUGUUGAUCCCUUAGAGGGAAAUCUUACCCCAGACGGAUCUGCAGUGCUUCAUUUUAGAAGAUCCUCGCCUUCAGCUUCUAUGGGGAGAAUUAAUUGCAAGGUAUACUACUGUAAGGAAGAUGAAGUCUGUUUAUAUCAAUCUCUGACUUUUGAAGUACCUUUUCAAGACGUGACUCCAGGCUCUACACCAGCAGAAAUUACACUUCCUUAUGUGGUGAAGCCCAAAAAUUCCCCAGAUAGCUUACAGCUACCAGUUACUCACUGA